AUGGCCUCUUCAGGCGUCGAUAUUCCUGGUUCGGCCAUGGCAGAGUACGAGAUUGCAGCUGCUGAGAAGGAAAACGCGCAAUUCAGCAAAAUGAUGCACGAAGAAGCCAAAACCCAGUCGCCGCCAACUUACCAGGACUCCGACUCGAUCAAGGUUUCCUACGACUCGACUCAUAGACAACUUCGCCCGAGACACAUCCAACUGAUCGGUAUUGGUGGCACAAUUGGAACUGCUCUGUACGUGUCAAUUGGACAUGGAUUGCUCAAUGGGGGACCCGGUAGCUUGUUUAUGGCUUUUACAAUAUGGUGUACAUUUAUUCUGGCCGUUACGAACUGUAUGAGUGAAAUGGUCACCUACUUACCAAUCAGUUCGCCAUUUAUUCGAUUUGCUGGCCGCUAUGUUGAUGAGGCUUUCGGGGUUGCUGCUGGUUACAACUUCUUCAUUUUUGAGGCGGCUCUUGUUCCCUUCGAAAUCGUCGCAUGUAAUGUGAUUAUCCACUACUGGUCUGACGCUGUACCAGCUGGUGGCAUCAUUGCAAUUGUCGUUGUGCUCUAUGGGAUUAUCAAUCUCUUCGCUGUAAAGUGGUAUGGAGAAUCGGAAUUUUGGCUCGCAAUGGGCAAAGUCCUCCUAAUUGUCGGCCUCAUUAUCUUCACAUUCAUCGUCAUGGUUGGAGGAAACCCCCUGCAUGACAGAUUUGGCUUCCGAUAUUGGAGUACACCUGGCUCAUUCGCAGAGCUCUACAAGACUGGAAGUCUGGGCAGAUUCCUAGGCUUCCUACAAUGUCUCAUCCAAGCCUCGUUUACGAUCGCUGGUCCAGAUUACGUAUCCAUGGCGGCAGGGGAGGCCGAGAAUCCACGAAAAGUCAUGCCAAGAGCCUACAACGGCGUCUUCUACCGUCUCACUGCAUUCUUCGUACUCGGAAGUCUGGCAGUAGGAAUCCUGGUGCCAUACGAUGACAAGGAAUUGACAGCUGCUUUCAAAGACGGUCUUCCGGGAGCAGCAGCUUCUCCAUAUGUUGUUGCGAUGAACAGGCUUAAGAUCAAGAUUCUCCCAGAUAUUGUCAAUGCUAUGGUUCUAGCAUCCGCUUUCUCCGCUGGAAAUAGUUAUGUCUACUGUGCUAGUCGCUCGUUGUAUGGUCUUGCGCUUGAAGGAAAGGCGCCCAAAGUCCUCAGAAAGUGCACCAAGUCUGGGGUCCCCAUCUACUGUGUCUUUAUCACGCUUGCUAUUUCCCUCUUAUCAUUCUUGCAAGUCUCAAACAACUCCGCAGCAGUUUUGAACUGGUUCGUCAAUUUGGUUACGGCCAGUCAGCUGAUCAACUUCUCCGUGAUGGCAUUUACGUUUAUUUGCUGGAAGCGAGCUUGUGAUGCACAGGGCCUUGAUCGGAACCUGUUGCCUCAUAAGAGCUUUUGGCAGCCUUUCAGUGCUUAUUAUGCACUUACUGGCUGCUUUAUCAUGACGUUUGUUGGUGGAUAUACAGUAUUCCUGUCAGGCCAAUGGGACGUCCCCACUUUCCUCUUCUCCUACCUGAUGAUCGCCAUAUUCCCCGUCAUCUUCGUUGGCUGGAAACUCCUAAAGAAAACCAAGUGGCUGAAGCCGCAUGAAGUCGUGCUUCGAACGUCGGAAGUCGAUGAAAUUGAAGAAUAUACGCGGAACUAUGUUGAGAGGACUCCGAAGACUAGAUGGCAUGGUUAUGUGGAUAAGAUAUUCUCUUGA